AUGCGUGGGAGAGUCAACUCUCCAGGCAGCAGAUUCCGAUCAGCGGAAGAAAGAAAGCAAAGGCAGAUUGUAGUGUAUGCACUCAAUUCUCUGAGCGGUAGGAGUCCGACUCCGGGGCUCCCUGGCACCUGGGCUGCCCAAGUUCCUAGACUCCGGCAUCAUGCUCCGCCCCCUAAACGCCCCCUCAGCCCUGCCCCGCCCCCUCAGCCCUGCCCAAGGUUCGCCCCGCCCUUCCCCCUGGCCCCUUCUCAGCGUCUUCAGCCGCGCACGCGCCAGCGCGCCAUCUCGUCUCCAUGGCGACGCGACGUCUACUGUUCCACGCUCCCAACACCGAGCAGACCUGGAGCUGGGCUAGCUUUCUAUGUCAACCUUUCCGAUGCUCAGCGUGAGAGGGCCACAGAAGGAAAUCAUCUAGACAGGACAGAUGCUGCACCAAAAGAUAGACAGAAUGGCAGAUUGCUAAUGUUUGAUCCAAAGGAAAAAGUGAUGAUUGAACCAAAUGAAGGAAUGUCAGAUAAAUGCCUCUUUAGACACAGACCAAGAUUAGCAAGCAAAAUUUAUACCUCACUGACUUUUGCUGCUGCUGCUAAGUCACUUCAGUCAUGUCCAACUCUGAAGGAAGUCUCUUCAAAAAAUAUUGAAAAUAAAAUCUCUUCAAAUACUAAAAAUAGAAUAUCUUCAAAGAGUAUUUCAAACAAAGAAACAGAAACAAAUCUACAAUCUAAGCUAUGGUCAUCUUCCUUCUUAAAAGAAAGCACAGGUGAAAUGAGCAAAAAUGUACUCAUGGCAGAGCAGGAGAAAAAUAAUGAACAUUGCCCUGAGGAUAUCGAUGAUAAGUUGUCUGAAUCAACAGAUGAUGAUGGUGAGGAUACCAGUGAUGAAGAUAAGGAGGAAGACAGCAACCCUAAUAAGGAUAUUCAUGCCCCAUUAGAGUUAAUGACAGAAUUCCUGAGAGCAGAAAUGGGCCAUGACUACCAUCUGGCAAAAAAAUUAUGUCAGAUGAUCCUAAUCUAUGAACCAGAAAAUCCUGAGGCCAAGGAGUUUUUCUCACUGAUUGAAGAAAUGCUGCUGCUGGAGAAAGCACAAAAUCUUGAGGAAGAUGAUGACGAGAGUGAAGACGACAAUAGUGAGAGUGAAGGAGGGAGCACUGAGGAUCCAAGUGAAGAAAGCUCUGAUGAGUGUGAAGAUGGGUGA